AUCGCAUACACCUUCGCAAUGCCAGCGCUGUCGGCCCGCGACCGCGCGAUCCUCGAGUUCGCAUGCUGCACCUUCUACCUCCAGACCAAGCCUGCGGCCGACGAGCCAGCAGCGCCACCCGAGUCGCUGCCGCCCACGGACAUGGCCGGCGCAGCCGACGACGAUGGCAAUGACGACGACUUUGGCCUGGAAGCGGACGACGCCAUUGACGAUGCCACGGCCACGGUGCCAUCAAGCACGCACAGCGCGCCGGCCAACUCGCUGCACAUCGACGCCGAGACGCCGCCCGAAGCGCCGCCGUCCGUGCUUGCCGAGGCCCUCAUGGAGAUGGCAGGCACGCUGCUGUACGCGGAUCCUGGCUCGGUUGUCGUUCGCGAGCACUUGAUUGCAUCUCUUGCCCACCUCGCGUUCAAGACGACGGCCCGCGGCCUGCGCCCCACAAACGACUGCGAGACGAUCGUGCGCUUUUGGUGCAACUGUGUUUCGAUGGGGCUCCGAGGCGAGUACGAUCACAUGGGUGCGUGGUCGACCAACUGGCUCUGGGUCCUUCGCUGCGCGGACCUGCUCCUCCUCAACGUCGCGCCCAUGGGCCUCGAGAGCGCGGCGUGGCGCACCAGCAUCGUGCGUGCACUCGACGGUAUCUCCCAAGCCUGCCUCGGCACGCAAAACAAGGUCAUCGGCAAGGCGAUCUUCGACUGGGUCAUGGAGCUCGCCCAAGCUUUGUGACCCGCUACGCACGCGGUGGCGGUCGCAUGGGACAUGGCGGCAAGCUUGGCCGAGUGGGCAUCGCGCAAGGGUUAUUCACUUGGCAUCGCGCGGCCGAAUCCUUCGUUAUUAACACCUUCAUGGAGCCAGCA